AUGAGUUCAUCGAAGAUUCCAUUUUUGUUGGCCUGUUUCCCACCAAAUACUCAAAUGAACAAGCAAUUUCUCUAUCAAAGUCUUCAGCAUUUCAAGAAACGAAUUGUAAAUAUCGAGCACGAGAAUGAUUGGGCAUGUCGGGUGAUCUUUGAAAGCAAAUCUUCUAUGAACCUCGUGCAGAAGGAAACAAAGGGUAUGAUAAAGCUUGAAACAGGCGGUUUUAUCACACUACUCACAGAGGAUUGGUUCUACAGUCAUAUCAAACACGAGAAUCGAAUUAGAUCCUCGUUUUAUGGUCAUUUCUCAUCAUUGAAACAUUUGUCAAGUCCUGGAUCUAAUUUCAAUCCGAUUUCUGAAUCGAUCACUCCAUCGACAAAG